UUUCGUGCCGGGUGCAAAAAGCCGGUAUCAUUUGCGUGCGGAGCCUGUGCCGUUCAUGUGUUUUUAGGAAAGUGCCGUGAACUGUGGUUACAGGGAAAUGUCUGAAGGAGGCACGCAAGCUUUGCCAACUGGACCAUUGCCCGGCGUUUCGUACCCCAUCGAAGUGAUCUACUGCGGGGAGUGCUCUAUGCCGCUUGAGUAUUGCGAAUACUACCCGGACUCGCAAAAGUGCAAAGAGUGGCUUCAGAAGAACCUUCCCGAGGAAUUCGAGCGACGAUUAAACCUCAGUGACGCUCCACAAACUGGAGCUGGCGGUGAUGAAGAAAAGAAACGACAAAAGCGCGGCGGCAAAGGAAUGGUUAAAGCCAAAAAGAGGGUGGAAAAAGACAAGCGAAUUUGCCUGUCCAGAGCGUCGCGGGGAAAGAAGAAGUUUGUGACUGUGGUGACUGGGUUGAGUACCUUUGAUAUUGACCUAAAAGAUGCAUCAAAAUUCUUCUCCCACAAGUUCUCCUGUGGUUCGUCAGUGACUGGUGAUGACGAAAUUGUCAUUCAGGGCGAUGUAAAAGAUGAUAUUUUUGAUGUCAUCACUGAAAAGUGGCCAGAAAUUGAUGAAGACCUAAUAGAAGAUCUUGGAGAUCAGUCUCGCUAGGUCUGUACAGAAUAAAAUGGUAUUGCCAACGCUUCUCUUGUUGGCAAAAAGAAAAAAUGCAA